CAGAGGGCGCAAGGAACACAGCCCGUAAAUCACUAUUCCUCGUCUCUCUCUCUGUCUCUCUCUCUCUCGGAAUCGCUCUAUUUCUCGUCACGUAACGUCAGGCAGCUCCAUAUAGUCAUCGUAAAGCAAAAAUGAUCGUUUUUACAGGGUGGCACUGAGGCAGCAGAAGCACUUCAUAUUUUAGUUUUUUUUUUUUUUUUUUUGGUCCAGAUGCCGAAUCACAGCAGCCUGUUUCCGAAUCGAGUGUUACAGUGAGGGAGGAAGACACUGCUGGACAAAUCAAAAUUAGCAGGAGAACAGUGGAGUGUUCUCAUGCUUCAUGCAUACAUGAGGUAAAAAUGCAGUGCGCGGAGGUUGGCAUCGCAGCUGUAGGUUCUGUAAGUCUACCGCGGGAGCUCAGAGGAGCGCGAGAGGAACACACCGCCGCUGCUGCAGCAAGACGGAGUACACGGCUGGCUCUGCCUGAUUCAGAAAUGGGAAUGGAUGCCAAAGCAGUAAAGGAUUUUGUGUGAUAGCCCAUUUCCUACUGGGGAUUCUGGAGAAGAAGGACCAGAGGAAGAGGUUCCCAUAUUUUGACAGCUAAACCAACAAAGCAAACUUCUUCAGACUGGACUGUGCAAAGCACCAGGGGGGGCAUUUCAAACACACACACACAGGGGGGGCAAUCUCAAACACACACACAGUCCCAUGAGCGGCCUGUCUGGGCGGCUGAGGUCAGGAGGCGUGCGCGUUGUGUGUGGGGGGGUGGCGGAGGAAGAGUGCGUGGAGCCGGAGGCCUGGGGGGCGGGCGGGGGAGCCACGGGGGCCGGUGGCUCCAUAGGUCCCGCCCCCUCGGCCUCCGCGCUGCACUACAGUGUCUACCCCUCUCACACGCUUGCUAACGGCCUGCGCAGCCAUGACAACCAGCGUCACGUGUGCAGGCGCAGGAACGAGGAGACGGCGAACGCGAAUGCGCAGCAGGACCGAUCAGACCGCCGCGCUUACACCCACCUGGAGAGCGACACUGCGACGCCCCUGCAGCAGGUGGAGACACACACGGCACAGCCCCUCAUGCACACAGAGUCACAAACACCAUCCUACACACAAGGGGACACUCACCCUGAGAUGGAGUUGGAAUCCUCCACUGUGCAGCCACAAACACACAGGCAAACACCCUCGCCACUGCUCAAGCCCAUGGCACCUGCACACACAUCCCCUCCCACCACACCCCUUCCUCCUGACCACACCAAGCCAAACCACACCACAACAACCUGCAACACAGGCCAUGUCCCCAUCUCUAGCCCUGCCGAGUUAGAGAGGAAGUACACGCUGCGGAGCUCUGGGCGACCCCGCUUCCCCAGCCACCUGCGCAAGUCUAGCCGGCUUCGUCGAGUGUCUGAAAGCACAAAGGACCGGCAAGAGGACGAGAUGGAGGAGGAGGAAAGACAAGUGAAGAGAGAGGAGAAAAACUGGAGAGGAGGAGAGAUUGAGCGGGUGAAAACAGAACGAACGCCUGAGAUUUCUUCUCCUACUGCUCCUCCUCCUCCUCCUCCUCCUCCUCCUCCUCCUGCACCCCCCUGUAACCCCCACCCCCCACCCCUUUCCACUCCACCAACAAGAACCUCCAGCUGUCCCAUGGGCUGUCCCCCUCAUAUCAAACGGAAGGGUAGGUUUAGGGGUGCACGGCGCAUUGUGGUGAAGGUACCUCGAAUUCCUGUGCACCUCAGCCGCCGGCAGAAGAGCUAUAAGAUCUCCUCACUAGAGGCAGUGUCGUGGGUAGGAGGUAGUAAAGAGGCAAACAUGGGUGUGGGCAGUCAGAGGAAAGAGGGAGAGGGACCUCCUCGUGAGCCUACUGCCCUGCUGCGCAUGAAGAACAAUGGGAAGAGUGUCAUGGUGAUGUUUCCCCCUGGCGAGUUACCUGUCAUCUUGAAGCGUCGCCGUGGACGACCACCCAAACAGGCCCUGCCUGGCCAGCCUGAUUUGAAGGAGACCCGGGCAGCUGCUGCUGCCAUUGCAGCCGCGGGAGGCAACGCCGACAUGCCCAAGAAACCACGGCGACGCAGGCGGGUCAAGCUGCCCUCGCCUCAGCCCUGCUAUGUGACUGAAACCAAUGACACAUACACUGAGUAUGCUGAUGUCCUGUCCAAGCUGGCCUUCUUAACGCGGCAGCCUCCCCCCACUGGACGCUGUUCCCCACCGCGAUGUUGGACACCAACGCAGCCCGAGAGUGCCAGUGCCUCGCUGCAGAACCCUGCACUCCCCGCGCUCCUUCAAAGACUCUCUGGGUUCCGGAGAAGGGGAGGGAGAGGUGGCGGGGCUGGUUUGCGAGGAGGAGGAGGUGCUGCAGGCAUGGGAGGCAGUAGCCCCAAAAGUUCCUUCUGUGACUUUUUUGAGACAAUCGGGAAGAAGCGAAAGGCUCUACCGUCUGAACCAGGGGCUCCACGGAAACGGGGGAAGGGAGGUGGACUUGGUGGGGCUGGAGGGAUGAACAGGGCCUCGCUUUCGGAAAAAAAACAAGCAGGGGAGGUGGAUCCUAUGGCCCCACCAGGUGAGAAGCCACCUCGCAAACGACGCUCACGCAAAAAUGGACAGCUCAAAGCUGGCCAGGGAUUGGCCAGCGAUGACUGGGCCAAUGGGAGUAUGGCCUGGGAGGGUAAGAACACACCUGAGCGAGAGACAGGGGGAAGAUAUGGCUCCUUGUCCUGCACUGAGGGAAGGGGCAGUGGGGGGAUGUAUGGCAGCCCAGGAGUUCAGAGCAGCGGUGGAGACGAGGCCCAGGGACUAUUUGCAGGGUACUUCCGCUCGCUGCUCGACUCAGAUGACUCCUCUGACCUGCUAGACAUGUCCAGUCCCCCUGCCCGCAAGCCCCCCGUGGGAUUUGAGGGAUCACCCCAGCGAUGGUCCCCUGCAUUCCCCAAAUGCAGCCCUAAAGGACAAAGUACUCCUGUGGAUGGAGGUCUGCCCCAGACUAAAAGCAGUAGCAGCACCCCAGUCAGACCUUCCUAUCCAUAUGGACAAAUAUCCCCAACUACGCCCUCCUACUCCAAGUCCUCUACACUUUCCCAGUCCCGCUCCCCUAGCUCCCCACACCCCUCCACAGGUUAUGCCCCUUUUCCCUCUGGCUAUACCAGCAGUACUGGCACACACCCUCACAUACCAGCAGGAGCCGUUAGUUCUCCCAGCCACACCCAGCAGAGGGCGAGUGACUGCAGCUUUGGUUUUGGGGCAAAGGCUUCGUCAUCUCCCUCCACCCAGUGUCAGAUGGGCUACGCAAACUACCAGCCCGCAGCCAAAUGCAGCUAUGGAGCCUAUAGUCCUGGCCACUCAGCCCUGAUGAGAGGGGAGGGGAACGGCCCCACAUCUCCAGGAGGGGGUUACAUGAUGAUGUCCAAAUCCAGCCACCACGCCUCCUCCUCUGGCUCUAUGCCUGAGGAGUAUAGGCAGUUUGCAGGUCAGUGGGGGUACCGCCAGGCCUGGGGAGGGAGCGAGGGUUUUGUGGGGAGCCAGUACCACAGCUAUGCAGAGUACACUGGUGCCACAACAUCUCCAGAGUCCAAAGACAUCCUGGACAUCUCAAACUACACACCUCAGAAAACCAAGCAAAGAGCAUGCUCAGACACCCUCUCUGAGUCAUCAUCUGACUCCUCACACAUUAGUGGAGGUGGCAGGGGGGCCUACAGACAAAGGGAGGUGCCUGUGGUCGAAGGACAGUCUAGUUUAUCAAGUCUGGAGAAGCUGAUGAUGGACUGGAAUGAGAGUUCUACCGGUCCCUCCUACAACUGGAGCCAGAGCAUGCUAUUCCAGGGCGGGUCCAAGCCAGGUCGUGGAAGGAGAAAACAAAGUGAAAGCCCACAGGGUGAGAAAGAGGCCUGUCCUUCAGUGACCGUGCCUCCAGGGUCCCCUGUAAGCCCGUCCUCUCACAGUUCAGGGUCCAAGCGGGUUGGGGUCGGGGGUCGGGGCUCACGGGGGUCCCGAGGAGGGCGAUAUGGGUACUCGCCAUGCCAGAGGGAGCGCUCUACCACCAAAUCCAAGUUGCCGUCCCAGAAAUCUCCCACGAGGAGCAUGUUCCAGGAGACUCUGGACUACUACAGCGGAGACAGUAGCAGCCUAUCCCCGCUGAGCCACGGCCCUGAGACCUGCGAGUACCCCUCGCCAUACUCAGGGCACAGCUCGACCGCCUCCUCUGAUGAGCGCGCCUCUCAGAUCUACCCCACCGACUCCACUUCCCUCUCUCCCAGCCCAUCUGUGCAACUGGAUGUCUUGAAGCCCUACCCCAAACCAGCCCAGGCCCCUCCCUCUCAGCCAUACUGCUCCUCCUCCUCCUCCAGGACAUUUAGCCCCACCCUCUCCCCAACUCCCCGCCUCCUGCCUCAGUGUGGCUCGUCGGCGAGUAAGGAGCAGAUCUCGCAGUACGACUCGCCCAGAUACAGCUCCUCCCCUUGCUGGUACAACCCCCACGCCUACGAGGAUCCCCGAAACGCGUCCAAACGAGACCUGCCCAUGAUGAGCCCUGGUCUGAGAGCUAUGCCCCCUUCUCCUUACCCUGGCCCUGUACAGAGAGCCCCCCCUCACACAGGGGCGUGUGACCCGGAGGAGUACAUGCGAGGGGGUGUGCUGUGCCAGCUGCUUGACCAGUCCAGUGAGGACUGCUUCACCAGCCUUUAGAGGACAUCUCCAUGGCAAUGCAGCGCAGGAGAUACAAGGACAUCUCUCUUUCGCUCAUUUUUACUCCUUUUUUAAAGACUGAAGAGAAGAAACAGAGGAGAACAGCUGAACUCUGUCUUUCUCCAGCAGUGACAAUCAAAAGACAACCAUGUGCACACACACACACACACACACACACAC